UGGGGUAUAAAGAGCGGAGUUUUCCAACAGAAGGCAUCACAAAGUCUCAAAACUUCAAAGUUUCGGUAAUUACUACAACCAACCAACCACAAAACCAACAAGAUGCCUUGCAAGGGAUGCGGAAACAACUGUCAGUGCUCAGCCGGAAAGUGCGGAGGAAACUGCGCCGGAAACAGCCAAUGCCAAUGCGCCGCCAAGACGGGAGCCAAGUGCUGCCAGGCCAAGUGAAUACUGCC